CCAAAUGACAGAUGACUAAGAAAUUAUGAACCACAUGAAUUUGUGCACUUUGAGCACCUCACAAUCGUGUGACCAUAUCCACUUUGUUAAAAUCAGAAAAUCCAAGCAAGAAGAAUUUCAAAGACCAAGGCCACAUCUUCUUCUUCUCAUUGCUAUUCACACCUUAUCAAAGCUCUACAGGAGAAGAGAACAAGGACAAGAAUGGCUCUGGGGAAGUGUUUUCAACUUAACACAAUGUAUAGUACUAGAACUGGUGUGGUGCAAUGCUGCCAACCAUUAUCGUCUAUUGAAAAGCUUCAUAUUCCCACCAAUAAAGGAUUCAAUAAAUCCAAUUUAUCAUUCACUUCACCACCUUCAUCUCUCAUUCAUUUCAGAAACCCCUUGAUUGUUUGCAAAGCUCGGGAAGCUGUGGAUGAAGUGGUGACAGAUUCAAGCUGGGCAAAACAGGUAAUAGGCAGUGAUAACCCAGUUCUAGUGGAGUUUUGGGCGCCUUGGUGUGGACCAUGCCGAAUGAUAGCCCCUAUCAUCAAUGAAUUAGCCACAGAAUAUGCAGGGAAGAUUUCUUGUUUUAAGCUCAACACUGAUGACUGUCCAAAUAUUACAACUCAAUAUGGCAUUAGGAGCAUUCCCACUGUGCUCUUCUUAAAAAAUGGAGAGAAGAAAGAGAGUGUUAUUGGAGCUGUGCCCAAGUCUAUUUUGCCUGCAACUAUAGACAAAUAUCUUGACAAUUAAAAAUUCUGUCUUUUUAAGGCUGUAUAAAUAACAUUAAUGCAAGUUAUCAUUCAUUUCCUAGUGUAAGAGUUUCUACUCUUGAAUAUGUAAAUACUAUAACGAGCUCAUUUUCCUUA